UUGACGAUUUUAAGCCUCAUUACCUCUAUUUUCUUACCACAAACCACUAAUAAGCUAGUUUCGCUGUCUCAUCCUAUUCGCAAAAUUUGCCGCCGCGUAUUUCGCGUCUCUCUCUCGUGUACCUAUACUAUUAUUACUAAAUAUCUCUAGCGAUUAGUACCUACCUAUCUAUACAGCUAUGGGUAUUUGAAAAAGAGAAAAAAAACAUUAUCGCAGGCAGAAAUUGAAAUUUUUGUGGGGUGUUGUUGGAGUUCUUUUUUUUUUUGGUAAAUUUUCGCGUCGACGAUUAUUUGAUAGGUAGGAUAAUUUUGAAAUAUUUCGCCUUUCGAGGCUGUUCGCGAGUGUACCUUUUUUCAUGGAUAUAUUGGGUUCGUUCGUGUCGAUAGAAAAUCGCCGUAUGAAUUGCGCAAAUACUACCAACGUUAAUGAGAAUCCUGCUAGUAAUACUAAUCAUAACAGCAAUGUUUCUGGAAACAAGACGUCCUUCUUAAUCGACGAUAUCCUAUUUCCUGCUAAAUUAAGAAAUGAAUCCACCAGACAGGUAACAUCGCUCCACAAAAAUGUAAACACCAGUUCUUCCGAUUGUUACACGUUCAUUCCUCAUGCAGCAGUAGCUGCUGCUUAUUUGACUGGCUACUCUUCACAAUACGUUCAUCCCAAUAAUUCCGGUUACGCUGAUACAUCAUUUUUCUUAGGACAACAAGGUUUACCCUUCGGUCCUUUCUUCACAGCGGGUACAGAUUUCAUAAGUAAGCAAUGCAGACGAAGAAAAGCCCGAACAGUGUUUUCAGAUCAUCAAUUGACCGGUUUAGAGAAACGGUUUGAAGCUCAACGAUAUCUAAGUACACCGGAAAGGGUAGAAUUAGCUUCUGCUCUGCAUUUAUCCGAAACUCAAGUUAAAACGUGGUUCCAAAAUAGACGAAUGAAGCAUAAAAAACAACUGAGAAAGAUGAGCGACGAUAAAAAAGUCGACAAGCAGAUUCCAUCAGUAAAGGAAAACCUAAUAAACAAUUAUUUACCAGUGAAUAACGAUUGUCCGAUGGAUUAUUCAUCGAAAAAUCAUUCCUUCUUCCAAUGUCGUAACUUCCAAGAUACUCAGCAUCAACUCAAAGAAGACGAAUCCUCUAGUAAUGUGUCUUACCAUAACGUAGAUGUAGAAAGCAACACUAAUACUGAUUUAUCAGAUAACGAAGUGAUAGAUAUAAUCGGUGAUACUCAAGAUUGCUCCAGGUAUAGACAAUAAUAACCCAUGUUAAUUAGUUGAAAAUUAUCAUUUUAUCAACCAUGUGCCCUGAAUUUUUUAUAAUCUCCUUUUUUUUUAUUCAUAAUGAUAUCGAAGAAUAUUGUAAACGACAGAAUUCAUACUAUUCAUUAUUGUUGAGUAGGUAAAAUGAAACAGAAUGAGAAUGAGAAAUGCUCUCAAAAUGUUGUUCGUACAAUGUCUAUACGGAAGUUUGUUUUCGCUUUUAUUUUUCGAGGAAGAAAUCAAUUCUAAUUGUAUUUACUUAAUAAGAAUGUCACUUUUCAAAACCGUAUAUGGUUCAAGUGAUUGGAAUUUAAGAGCUUUAUUAUACGUUUGAUGAAGUUACUAGUGAGAAAA